AUGAAAAAUCACCCAUUCCAUUUAGUAGAAAAUAGCCCAUGACCUUUAACAGGAUCAAUAGGACUUAUGUCAAUAACCUCAGGGACAGUUAUAUGAUUUCACUAUAAUCAAAUAUGAUUAAUAAUAAUUGGUACAAUUAUUACUUUAUUAACUAUAAUUCAAUGAUGACGAGAUGUCGUCCGAGAAUCAACAUUUCAAGGAAUACACACUAAUAAAGUAAUUAAAAGAAUAAAAUGAGGGAUAAUUUUAUUUAUUACCUCAGAAAUUUUAUUUUUUUCAUCUUUCUUUUGAGCGUUCUUUCAUAGAAGAUUAUCACCUAAUGUAGAAAUUGGGAUGCAAUGACCCCCUAUAGGAAUUAAAUCUUUCAACCCUAUAAGAAUCCCUAUAUUAAACACAAUAAUCCUAUUAUCUUCAGGAGUAUCAAUUACUUGAGCACAUAAUGCAAUUUUAAAUAACAAAUUUAUACAAACUAUACAGAGUAUAAUAAUAACAAUUGGUUUGGGUUUAUAUUUCACUUUACUCCAAGCUAUUGAAUAUUUUGAGGCACCAUUCACAAUUGCAGACUCUAUUUAUGGUUCAACAUUUUUUAUAAGAACUGGAUUUCAUGGUAUUCAUGUAAUUAUUGGAACAAUCUUUAUUAUAGUGUCAAUAGUACGAGUAAAAAAAUUACAUAUAAGUAGAACACACCAUGUAGGAUUCGAAUCAGCAGCUUGAUAUUGACAUUUUGUAGAUGUUGUCUGACUAUUUUUAUAUAUCUCAAUUUAUUGAUGAGGAAAUUAA